AUGCCCGAAUGCCGCAACGGACCAAUCACCAGCGCUAACCGCGCCCGUAUCAAGAAGCCUAAGACCAACCGUUACCCCUCUCUCAAGGGUGUCGACCCCAAGUUCCGCCGCAACCACAGACACGCUCUUCAUGGCACCAUGAAGGCUCUGAAGGAGCGCAAGGAGGGCAAGCGCGAGAUCGCAUAG